GAAUAACAGAAUAUUCUUUGUCCAACCUCGUAUGGCUGUCCAUCUGGAGUAUUUCACAGUCAAUCGACGGCUCUCACACAGCCACCCAACCUCUCCCAACAUUUAAAAAAAAAAAAAAACAGAAAAUGGGAAAUAAUUUGGUUUAUUAAACCGGAGUAGAAAAUACUGUUGAAGCUUAGAGUUUCACAAAAGAAGCGCCAAGGAAUUUGGAUCGAAUGCUCAGAAUUGGUUUCCAUCCAUCCCCAGUUAUCAUCCCCAAUUCCAAAAAAUCCAAUCCUAAUUAUUAUAACUGCAUACAUUUUGUAAGGCCAUCCUCAUUUCUUCCUCUUCGUUCCGGGUGGCGUUUCGUCCCAACUCGCUGUUCCUCCUUACCAGAAAUCCCUCUUCCCGUGAAGGUAGUUGGCAUCGAUUCAGUUAUGGAUCGGCUAUCUGGUUCUGCACGCCUUAUGAUAGUCUCAGAUCUUGAUCACACAAUGGUUGAUCAUCACGAUACUGAGAAUAUGUCUCUGCUUAGGUUUAAUGCUCUGUGGGAAGCCAAUUUUCGAGAUAAUUCCCUACUAGUAUUCUCUACUGGGAGGUCUCCUACAUUGUACAAAGAGUUGAGGAAAGAGAAGCCCAUGCUGACCCCAGAUAUUACUAUUAUGUCUGUUGGAACAGAAAUUACCUAUGGUAAUAACAUGGUGCCUGAUGAUGGUUGGGUUGAAUUCUUAAACCAGAAAUGGGAUAGAAAGAUAGUCACCGAAGAGACUAGCAAGUUUUCUGAGUUAACUCUUCAGUCAGAAACGGAGCAGCGGCCACAUAAAGUCAGCUUUUAUGUUCCAAAAGACAAAGCUCAAGAUAUAAUGAAAUCUCUUGCUGCACGGUUGGAAGGACGUGGGUUGGAUGCUAAAAUAAUUUAUAGUGGAGGGAUGGACUUGGAUAUCUUACCGCAAGGUGCUGGCAAAGGGCAAGCGCUUGCAUAUUUGCUCAAGAAAUUUAAGGCUGAGUCCAAAUUACCAAACAACACCCUUGUUUGUGGAGACUCCGGAAAUGAUGCUGAACUAUUUAGCAUUCCAGAUGUAUAUGGUGUCAUGGUCAGUAAUGCCCAGGAAGAACUGUUGCAAUGGCAUGCUGCAAAUGCUAAAGAUAAUCCCAAAAUCAUUCAUGCAACAGAGAGGUGUGCAGCUGGUAUUAUACAAGCAAUUGGCCAUUUUAAACUCGGUCCAAGUGUGUCUCCGAGGGAUGUCUCAGACUUGUCUGAUUCUCAUCUGGAGAAGUUUGAUCCUGCGUAUGAGGUUGUAAAGUUUAAUUUGUUUGUCGAGAAAUGGAGACGUGCAGAAGUCGAGAAGUCUGAGCUUUAUUUAGCAAAUAUGAGGGUCGUCUGUAGUCCGUCUGGUGUCUUUGUUCAUCCUUCGGGUGUUGAGAAAUCUCUUGGUGACUGUGUGGAUGCACUAAGAAACUGCUAUGGGGACCAACAGGGGAAAAGUUACAGGGUGUGGGUGGAUCAAGUUCUACCCACACAGGUCGGAUCAGACUCAUGGCUUGUGAAGUACAAGAAGUGGGAGUUAUCCGGUGGGUUUUCUUUGCCUAAGAAUGGUCUCUUCAUGUGCGUAUAUUUUUUCUGAGUUAUUUAUCUUCGUAUUCCUGGCCAUAUCUGUGCAAAUGUAGUUCUGAGAUUUCAUGGUGAAUGCGUGAUGAACAGAAGAAAGUAGGGUGACAAUUUUAUCGACUUUAUCUGAUGCCGACAUCAAAUGUCAUUCCAAUGUAUACCCUCUUCCAUUCCAUCUACUGACUUGAGUGUUACAUGCAGGUGAAAAGCAGAGGUGUUGCUUGACAACAGUUUUAUUGAGUUCAAAGGUGAGAUUCUGGUGUUUGCUUUGAAAAGAGAUGAUGCGCUUAGACUGCAUGAUUAGUAAUGCAGAGUGUUAUUUUUUGAAUCCAGGGCGUGACUGUAGCAGAAGGCCUCACCUGGGUGCAUGUCCACCAGACAUGGUUUGCUGGAGCUGGGUCCACUGAUGAUUCAACCUGGCUGUUCUAGAUCCACGCUGAUAACAGGAAUUUGAUGUUUAUCUAAUACCUCUCCAUUGCCAGGACGAAUUUCAAAUCAUUUUGUAUUUACUUUUGUAAUUUUUAGCAGAGAGAUCACGGGAUUCAUCACAUGACAUAUUAAUCCCGAAGCAUAUGCAGAUGAACAAUUAGCUGCGUUAAUUAUCUUUUUUUUCAUAAGGAUCUUGAUGUUGGCAAAUGUUAUAACAUAUGAGACAAGGAUGCAGUGAGCUGACAAAUAAACCAAAUGUUAAACACUUUAACCAUUUUUCGUCCUGCGUUAUUGGUAAAGACAUGGC